UUCCUAUCCACUCUUUGCACUACCAUCUUCUUCUUCUAAUUUACAUUCAAAUAUUAUUAGUAACCAAAUUACCAUCUCUCUCUCUCUCUCUGCAAUUUUCUUCCCCUUUACUUUCUAGGUUUUGCUUCUCCUAUGGGCGUUUCUUCAUCUACUCAUCAGGUUUGAGAAGAUAACUUAGUUUGAUUUAUUCACCAACUUCAAUGCCCUUGAUGGACCAAUGUAAAGAUUUUCUCAGCUGGGUUGAUCUUGACACGUCUCUCAAAAUUUUCAAGUGUCUAGAUGAUCCAGCAGAUCUAGUCCGCGUCAGUUGUGUCUCACGAUCUUGGAGAGACUUUGUGGUUGCAAACGGCCUUUCUAAGCAGUUGUGCUUGAGAAUGUUUCCUCAAUUAUCUAGAGUUGCUUGUGUUGUUGAACUAAACCACAACGGAGUGAAGGAACACACAGAGGUUGGAUCUAGCCAUCCUAAUGAAUGUCUAGCUCUAUGGAAGGAUCAUAGAGUCUAUAGUUAUCUUGCUCAAUCCUGCUUAUCUCCUGUUGCUAUGGAUUGCAUAUCUAAGGCAAUCGGUGCUUCUAGCACUGAUAAUUUGCCUCAGGAGAGCAUUGAUAAUACGCUAGAGGAGAGAGACAACAUUGGUGGUAGAUUUGUCUAUUGGUCGAGUAGCGGACAAAGCAAUCCCAAUGUGCCUGAGACAUUAACAUACCACUUGGCUUCUCAAAUAUGUGUUAUUACAGAAAUCAAUAUUCAGCCUUUCCAAGCUCACUUUCAGAUGGGGUCACCAAUAUAUUCAGCAAAAUCUGUUAGGUUUAAAAUGGGUCAUCUUAAACCCUCUUUAGAUGAUUUAACUGAUGUGUUUGUAUGGACCUAUACAUCACCGGUGUUUCCAAUGGCUCAGGAAAACCGGCUACAGAAGUUCAAGCUUCCAGAACCUGUUCUCUGUAUUGGUGGUAUCUUGCAGAUUGAGCUUUUAGAAAGGGUGCAGAGCCAAGAAAUGGAUGGCUUACUAUACAUUUGUAUUUCUCAUGUUCAAGCUCUGGGGAUUCAGUUGUCACCAGCAUUUUCUGUUGAUAUUCUUGGGCCCUCUGGAAUGUUUGUGUUGAAGAGGGACCACAUGGCUAACUGUCAACCUCCAGAGCCUUCUGAAAAUGAGUCUGGAGCAGCAUUAACUGAUAGAGAUUUCCAACAGAUUGUGACUAUAUUGCGAGGACAUGUAAUGGGAGUAGGAGCUGUGGAUGGUUGGGAAGAGGAAGAUUAUGAAGUUGAUGAUUUUGAUGAAGAUAACGCCUUCUGAUCUUUGCUGGCAUAAACUGUGACUAUCCCCCCCUUCUCAAAACAAUAAAGGAGACAAGAAAAUUUAAGAUUCUUCAGGUGCAGAGUCGUUGUAAUAUAUAGCCAGUGUGUUGUAAACGCUUAUGUGUAACCUUUUAAAGUUCAGGUUUUUGUGUGAUUUUACUACUAAUUUAUAAGACAAGUUUUACAUUUUAAGCUGUUAAAAUUAAAUUCA